UUGACAACAACUCAUCGGAUUGAGUAGCCGUUUGGAGAUCAGGUCUCUGCUGGCAUCAUCGCUACAACAGUACAUACAAGCAAGGCGUCUUCGAGAUCCUAUACAUACCUGAAUCCCCUCCUGACAGAUUCAUUCACAUCCUCACAAAAACAAUGCGGUUCUCCUUUGUCCUCGUCAUCGUUGCUACUUUGAUAGCAUCAGUAUCUGCCAGUGACGCUGCAACUGAGCAUUGUCCUAUCUUUUGCACUCAUGAUCGCCACUGCAGCAGCGGCGUGGUAUUGGUUAUUCGUUGGGGUGUGCAAGAGGUUUUGAACAACGUGUUUGCUUCUGAAGCCGCACGAGCAAUGGAGAUAUUGGAAGAGUGGAGAUCUGUGGUGUCUUCCGUUGCCACCGAGCAAGACCAUUAUGUACUGUGCCAACGGGACGUGCGAAGAUACCAGCAGUUAGAGAAUGAAUUAAUGACACCCCGUUGUGGUUGCAAUAAUGGAGCAUCUUGGAAUUGCAAGUAGUCAUCGAUGUCAUCCUCU